UCCUAAUUGAAAUUAGUUAUUCCGCUGAAUUAAAAGUUGAAAAGGACUCAAACGAGGGCAUCAUUUCUUUCCUAACCGCAAACAUGAAACCCUUGUUUCCGACAAGACCCAAUCCAGCGAUAUCUUUCCCCAUCUCUGCAAACUCUCUGUUUCAAAUCUCACAUUUCUUCAAAGCAACAUUUCACUCCUCCGACAACGUUUCCUCCUCACGCCGACAUGAGGUAGAAAGUCGAAAUGUUAAGGUCUCGGUAUGGUGGGAUUUCGAGAAUUGCAAUUUGCCGACUGGCUCCAAUUUGUUUAGGGUGACCCAGAGUAUCAAUGCCGCCAUUAGGGCUAAUGGGAUCAAGGGUCCCAUCCAAAUCACGGCUUUUGGUGACCUAAUGCAGAUGUCGCGUGUUAAUCAGGACUCCCUUUCUUCCACGGGAAUCACUUUCACUCACGUCCCCAACGGUGGAAAGAACAGUGCUGACAGGUCUCUUCUUGUUGACCUUAUGUAUUGGGUUUCUCGAAACCCCCCACCAGCACACCUUUUCUUGAUUUCAGGAGAUAGAGAUUUCGCCAGCAUUCUACACCGACUAAGAAUGAACAAUUACAACAUUUUGCUCGCCAGUCUAGAAAUUGUGCCCAAUGCUCUUAGCAGUGCUGCCAGUAUUAUAUGGCAAUGGAAUGCUCUAAUUAGUGGCGAGAACCUUAAUGGGAAGCGUUUUAAUCAACCACCAGAUGGUCCUCAUGGCUCUUGGUAUGGCCAUUAUAAGGCACCUCUUGAAGACCCCUUUAUGAUUUCGGAACAGAAGCCUCCGCUUGUUCCCUGUCAUCAGGACCGUUCUGAUACGCCAAAAGCUUCCUCUGUUCGUAAAGUGGGAGUUACAAAAAUAUCCUUCACCAAAGGUCAGAAGCAGCAGAGGUCAGCACCAAGUCCUUGCUCUGUACGGAAGAUUAGAUCUUCUUCAACUAAAUUACAGGAGGCACCAAAAGUGGAAGAGUCACAUAAAGGACGGAAGGAGUCGUGUGUUGAAGAUGUGCCAGUAGAUGCACAUUCUAUUAUUAAAAUUAACACAGGAUCUCAAGUAACUGGAAGUCAUUGUAAACCAGGUUUUUUUGGCAAAUUAUGGGGAAAAAUUGGUUUAGGAAUGUAAUUGAGUAAAGACAGUGGUGUUAAAGAAGAUAAUGUGAGCAGACAUAUUUGGCCACUCUGGGAAAGAGAUGCUGGCAGCUUAUGGAGAAACAUGUGGGAGAAAAAAGUUGGAAAUUUUUCUUUAAGAUGUUAUUCAGUUUUCAGUUUUUCACAAAGUAAUGCUGGUGAUGGUUAUGCAUAAAAUUAAGAUAGGGAAGUGAUGAAUCUUCUAGAGAUGGGUGAUUAACAUGGAUCUCUAUGAGCAGUGUGAAUAGAGAUGAGGAUGGUGAGAAGGCCUGGUUUGUGUGCAAACUGGGAAGGUUGUAUGUGUGUGUUAUGGACUUGUGAUUAACAACAACGAUUCUUUUGUUUGACAAAUGAAGUAGCCUAAAUAACUAGUGACCUUUUCUUAGACACCCUCAUUAGGUUUGUUAGUAUUAUGUAAAUAUGUGUAUUUUAAUUAUUAGUCCUAAUUGAAGUAUUAGUAGGUAAGACUUUUUUUUUUUCAGAAACAGUGUCUUAUUUGUAACACGUAGUAUAUGUUAAAUAAUAUUGUGGACCUGAUUCAAACAUAUGACCUUCAAUCUGAGAGUUAGCACAUCAAGAAUCAAAUUUCGUAUACUGGAACUCUG